UUGAACCAAUCACUGAAAAGAGUUCGUAUUGAGGAACCAAUAAGUAAGCUUACAUUAAUAACCAAUCGCAUCCUGGAAAUCACCUAUCAUUCGACCAAUGAGCUAAUGGAAGUAUUGGCGUCUGUUUCACCCGCCAUUCCCUUUGACGCCAUCUUGAGCAUAUGAUCUUUGUUGUGUGCUUUCGCUGUUCCAUUUUAAUUAAAAUUUGUGGUUUAUCCAUUUGAAAUAACUUAAAAAGUGAAAAAUGGCACGUACUAAGCAGACUGCUCGUAAAUCUACCGGAGGUAAAGCUCCUCGUAAACAAUUAGCUACAAAGGCGGCGCGUAAAUCAGCCCCGAGCACUGGUGGUGUCAAGAAACCUCAUCGUUACCGCCCUGGUACAGUAGCUCUUCGUGAAAUUCGUCGUUACCAAAAGUCCACGGAAUUGCUUAUUCGUAAGCUGCCUUUCCAACGUCUUGUAAGAGAAAUCGCUCAAGAUUUCAAAACUGACUUGCGUUUCCAGUCUGCUGCUAUUGGAGCUCUACAGGAAGCCAGUGAGGCCUAUUUGGUGGGCUUGUUUGAAGACACCAACUUGUGUGCUAUCCAUGCCAAACGUGUCACCAUCAUGCCUAAAGAUAUUCAGCUUGCCCGACGAAUCCGUGGCGAGCGUGCUUAAGUUUAACUAGUGUACUUUAAUCAUAAAUUAUUGGUAAUUCAUUAGAUCUAAAUUCCAUAACAAUUCUUUGUGACUUGUUUUAUCUUUAUUUACAUUGUAUUCAUUCAUUGUAUUUAAUAAGGAAGAAGCAGAACUGAGUUUUUUUUAAUUAAAUACAUUUUUUUUAAGUUAGUGUGUAAAAAAUAAUAACCAUUGUUUGUCAUGAUCUAAUUUUUCAAUAUUG